UUGAACUUUCAUUAUGCUGUUGUAAUACAGUCUCUGUCUGCGGAGGACUCCCCGAAUUUAUUCUUGUCUUUUUACAUCUAUCUGGUAUAAAUAGGAAAAUGCCAUGAACGUUACUAACUAGUGGCUGCUCAAACCCUCGUGUCGAUCGGAGAAGCAUUCUACUGCGCGAGCAAGAGACUCUGGUGAAAGAUAUAAACUAACCCUUCUUGUAAUCCUAGCUUCAUGCGCACCUCUCCGGCUCCAUAUCAAGACAAUGUCUACAUGAGAUAUGGACCAAGAAGAAAGCCGCCGGUGCGACAGAUCUCGAGGAUCCCUUGGUGGUCAUGCCAGUGGGCAAGCACGACUAUGACCUGAACACUUUCUUCCCGCUGUUCUCGUCCUACAUCUACCACCUCGUCGACGACCGGGACUCGCUCGAGUACACGACGAGGUCCGUCGUCAGGGACUUCGCCAACGACGGCGUCGUCUACCUUGAGCUCCGCACCACGCCGCGCGGCAUGGCGGGCGCCGGACUCGACAAGGCCGGCUACGUCGAGGCCGUGCUCUCAGCGAUCGCCGCAGCAGAGCAAGAAAAUGCUUCCAUCCAUGUGCGUCUGAUCUUGUCCGUCGACCGACGCAACACUUUGGCAGAGGCCGAGGAGGUGGUAGCGCUCGCCGCCCAGUUCGCCGCCCGGGGGGUCGUGGCUGUUGAUCUGUGUGGUGACCCGGCCAAGGGCGACGUGUCGCUGUUCACGCCGGCCAUCAGGGCUGCGAAGGACGCGGGACUGAAAGUCACGAUCCAUUUUGCAGAGGCUGAGUGCAGCGCUUCCGAUGAGGAGCUCGAUACGAUUAUGGAUUGGUAUCCGGACCGGCUGGGUCAUGUGAUCCAUGUACCGGAGCGCGUGAAGCAGGUGAUUGCUAGCCGUAGAAGUAUCGGCCUGGAGUUGUGUCUCAGCUGUAAUGUGCAUGCCAAGAUGAUUGCUGGGAGUUUCGAGGCCCAUCAUUUUGGAGAGUGGUGGAACGUCGAUGGAGUUGUCGUGGUGCCUUGCACUGACGACGUGGGUGUCUUUGGUAGCCCCGUCUCGAAUGAAUGGAGGUUGAUCGAAGAGCAUUUCAAACUAUCCAAGGAGGACCUGUGUGGUUUGGCAAGGAAGGGUAUAGAUGUUAUUUUCGGGGGUGAUCAAGAGAAGACCAGAUUGCAAGAGGUCAUGUGGUGAGCCUGAGAAGUAAUCAAGAACUCAACUUCAUACUUCUAUAUUGAGCUACAAAUAUUGAUAAUUAUAUAGUUCUCCGUGUGGGAUGCACACUGCUAUGCUUAAUCUUUCGUGAUAAAUCUUCUAGUCAC